AUGGCUGACCAGUUGACUGAGGAGCAGAUUGCCGAGUUCAAGGAGGCCUUCUCCCUGUUCGACAAGGAUGGCGAUGGAACCAUUACUACCAAGGAGCUGGGGACCGUGAUGCGCUCGCUGGGCCAGAAUCCCACAGAGGCUGAGUUGCAGGACAUGAUCAACGAGGUCGAUGCUGAUGGCAAUGGCACCAUCGACUUCCCCGAGUUUCUGUCCCUGAUGGCUCGCAAGAUGAAGGACACGGACACAGAGGAAGAGCUCAUCGAGGCGUUCAAGGUCUUCGACCGCGAUGGAAAUGGUUUCAUCAGUGCUGCUGAGUUGCGUCACGUGAUGACGAACCUGGGUGAGAAGCUGACGGAUGAAGAGGUGGACGAGAUGAUCCGAGAGGCCGACGUUGAUGGUGAUGGACAGAUCAACUACGAAGAAUUCGUGAAGAUGAUGAUGGCCAAGUGA